AUGGCCCUCCAGACGUCUCUGUACCAUGCGGACUCUGACGCGGACGACGAAUACGAACGCAGUGUCAUCACCUCACCACAGCUUCAAACGGAUUCCGAUGCUUCACCCACCGAUUCCGACAUCCCCUCCUCCGAGCAUACCCCGACAAAAUUUGGGAGCGAAGGCCCGCGUACCCCACGGACGAUCAUUUCAGAAUGGUCGGUAGAUGAAUGCGUGGAUUUUUUAACGUCGCUUGGCCUCCUACAAUACUGUGGAUCCUUUCGCGAGAACGGGAUUGUAGGCGAGGCGCUGGUUGCAUUGAAGCACGAGGAGCUCAAAGAGAUGGGAAUUAAUAGUGUUGGCCAUCGCUUAACUAUCCUGAAGAGUGUCUACGAGAUCAAGAUCCGACAACAUAUCCCUCUUGAUGUGGAUCACUACAUACCGCUCUCGGCGGAUCAAAGCAUGAAUGAGAACGCGACACAAGAUGAUUUGGCCCGGCUUAUUCAGUCCAUUCAGCGAAGGGAUGAAAAGCUCUUCUCCGUUGAGGCUGAAUUGCGCCGUUUGUCCGACGAUUACCGGCGAUUAAGGGAAGAAAUUCUCCCUAUUAUCAAAAUAGCCAAAGACAGAUCCCAGCCUUUACCUCCCCCAUCUUUGAUAGGAAAUCCAUCCGAUUCCUAUCACGAUAGCGCUACUAUUACCUCGCCUUCGCAACUUACUCUCGUUGACAACUCUUCAACUUCUAAACUGGCUCGUGUCCUGUCAAAGCGGACAUAUACUGGAGGCACGACUCCGAAGAAUAAUUCACCCACACACAUUCCCCCCUCGAUCUAUGAAAACCGGAACUACCAUGAUUCUCAGAACUUGGACCCAUCGGCAGCGGCGACAGCGGCUUCUACCCACCUAUCCGCUUCAAUGAAUAACGGGGGGCUUCAGCAUUCACCUGGGGCGCCCUCACCAACAUCACCCAACGCACAUACGACAUCGCACCAAACCCUCAAUCCACGAUCAUAUUCCCAACCUGGCAGCGCUAGUCGCGUUGCGCAUGAUCAUGGAGAGGAUAUUCCACCGAGAGCUUCCUCUCGCGCUGACCGACUUACUCCCCAGAGCACCCAACAGCCGACCUCCCGCACAGAGACGCCGUCUUCUGGAGCACGAGCAGAGUCACGGGCUACUGGUGAGCCCUCUAGUGUGGAGAUAUUCAAAUCAUUCCGUGUGUCUUGGGAUGAUCCCUGCUACAAGGUGCUACCUGCUGCACUCAAAAAGUACAAUAUUCAUUCCGACCCUAAGUUGUAUGCACUCUACAUUGUCUAUGGAGACCAAGAACGAUGCUUAGCGCUGGAUGAGAAGCCUCUUCUGCUAUUCAAGCAGCUUGAAAAAGAAGGACGAAAGCCUAUGUUCAUGUUACGAAAGAUUCAUCCAGACAACUCAACAUACCCAGCUCCUGGCUCGGCACCCCCUAGCGCCGGUUUUGAAAGUGGGCGUCAAGCACAAAUCAACCUUCCCGGGGGGUUUUGUGAGCCCGAGCUUCCACUUCAUUUCAUUCAUGCAUCUGUCUAUGUCGCUUGA